GAUCCAGUUUGGGGUUCUGGUUUGGGAUCCAGUUUUGUAUCCAGUUUGGGAUCUGGUUCCAGGAUCCAAGUUGGGAUCCAGAUUGGUAUGUGCUCUGGCAUCGGGAUCGGGAUCGGACAUGGAACUGGGUGUUGGGAUCCAGUUUGGGGAUCUGUGGCACGAAGCCUGCGUUGGGAUCCCAGUUAUAUAGCAUCAUGUUUGGUGAAGGGCUCCUUCUGUACGGACAUGGAAUUGGGUGUUGGGAUCCGGUUUUGGUGAUCUGGUUUGGGAUCCGUUUCGGGAUCCAGUUUGGCAUGUGGUCUGGAAUCUGGUGCAGGAUGCGCCAUGGAAUCGGGUGUUGGGAUCUGGUUUGGGGAUCUCUCAUAUGAAAUAUGUAUUGGGAUCCCUGUUAAGCAGCAUAACGUUUGGUGAAUCCCAUUUUUUGAGGGCUCUUUCUGUAUUGACACGGAAUCCGUGUUGGGAUCUGGUUUGGGAUCUGGUUUGGGAUGCAGUUUGGGCUCUGGUUUGGGAUCCAGUUUGGUAUGUGGUCUGGAAUCUGGUUCAGCACUCGACAUGGGAUCGGGUGUUGGGAUUCGGUUUGGGGAUCUGGUGUAAGAUCUUGUUUGGGAUCUGGUUUAAGGUCUGCAUUGUGAUCCAGUUGGGGAUACGGUUUGGGGAUCUCGUUUGGGAUCCCGUUUGAUUCUUUUAUGUCCUCGCAAUCCCACGGUCGAGAACUGUUCGGGAUCCUGCUUGGAUGUCUGAAGUCGUGUUAGCCUUUGUGGAGACGGACUGGCGGCAGCAGCUUGGACCCCCACCGAGGUGCAGUGGGGGUGGCACUGGGGGUGGCCCUGUGUUGUCAGGGAUUGUGUUGCUCCAAGGUACUGAUCAUCUCUUGCCGAGCCUUCCAUCAGAUGCGCUGGAUGUGGUGGCAACGAUGUUCUUUUAGAAGAGCUAGUGAAACAGGCCUCCCACCGUGGCGGCGGGCAAACACCUGUUAGCGUUGUUUUUCUUCGGGAGGAGGAGUGGACCUUCUCCAACGGUGUACCGUUCGAGGACUGCCCAACCCUCCAUCCCUGGCAUGGCAGACGAUUCUGCCGGAAGCUGUUGCGCCGAAAGAACGUUUGGAAAUGCUUUCCGGUCAUGUAAUACUGUAGAAUAUUAUAAAGUUAUAAACUGCCUGGUCGACUUUUUGCGAAAAGUCGAGCCUGCCUGGACUUACAAUAGAAUAGGGUUUUUUUCAGUGUUAGGAUAUUAGAUUAGGUGGUUAGAGAGAAAAGGAGUGCGCGGAGAUAUGGGGGGGGGGGGGGGGGGGGGGGGGGGGAAGGGGGCAACUGUGCUGGGAGUAUUUGAAACUGGCUAUUCGACUUCUACUUUGGACUUUAUGUGAAAAGACAAGCUGGUCUUGUUUACGAACGGUCUAGCGGGAGUUUAGGGGUAUACUCUCAUGACGACUUCUUGUUUGACCGAAUCUAAUUGCACUCUUCGCUUGAUCCAUUCACAUAAUUCUUUGGGCCUUCUUUUGACCUACCUUUUGACUUUGAUUUUGUGAAACUGAUGCUCAUCUUCACAGCCAGGCAAGCAGUAAUCACAGGGCGGUUUUAACUUCACCACACACACACACACACACACACACACACACACACACACACACACACACACACACACACACACACAGAGGAGGAACUUUUUCGACUGAAUUUGAACUUCAACCUUCAUCAGAUCCAUUCAUGUUACUCUGUGGGUUAUUCUUCUGACAUGCCUUUCCACUUCGACCGUGUGAAAAGCAAGCUUAUCCUAACAAGCAGUUAAACAGAAUUUGCACGGUGCUUAGAACUGAAUUUGAAUUGAAUUCGGACUGAAUUCGGACUGAAUUCGGACUGAAUUGGGACCAGCAUAACUGCUCACUCGCCGUUUCCCGACUGGUCAAAAGGACCAAGUCCAACAGAUGGUUCUCCAGUUCUUUUUUGUUUUUUAAUAAUAAAAAGAAUGUGCUCACCCCACGGUAUUCUUUAGUAAAAAGCGAAAGAAUUGUACGCCGUCUGAGGAGGGCACACAGCGACAUACCAGUUCUCUUUUUCAGAAGUUUUCCCUUUGAACUGCUUUUAACUUUUAACAUCAUGCGAUUGAUGAAGCCGUGAUCUGUCUGAGGUGAAUGCAUGCGUGCAUCUGUUGUUACUACCAUCAUAUAUCGGUAGGGGCGCGACUGAGACGAGGCCUUUCUGGGCCUAAUCUGGCUGCUAUCUCAGCCAAAUACAGAUAUUUCAUCAAUUCUUACCUCUGAUUCACACAAGGAGCGUGGCCACAUACCGCUAAUUCUUCAGUUUUUACUAAGUUGUAGAAAAUUUAAUAUGUAAGUGGUGAAGUUUAGACUGCCUGAGGUGAAUGUAUAUGCUCGCAGAAGUAGCUAGCACUGUACACUGUUAGGUGUUACGCACACCUUGAGUGAAUUGCGCUGCCAUUCAAGCCGGAUACGUCCGUGAAUGUUCUGUUCUGGUGUAAGUACACCAGCGGCUCUUCUUCCCUCCACUCCUGAGGGUUGGUGUACGUUUUGUCCAUGAUCCCAGCUCCGCUACUUUUUACAUCAUGAAAGGCCGUUGUUCAUGUCAAUCAGUUUUGAUCUGUCGACAGUUGUAUGUGACAAUGGCAUCAAGUCGACUGAAGUAGGUCGAGGCCGAAGCUUCUUAGGCUUGACACCCUGUGGCCUUGGUAUUGUAGUGUCUGAACAUAUAUCCACUUCAGCCCUCAUGGACAUACUUCCGAUGUGAGGAUGUUUUUAUGUUAACAUGGUGAACCAACU